AUCAUCCGGGUCUUCUUCUCCUUUUGUGCGCUUUUCCCGUCCGUUUGGCGCAGACGUGCGGCGGCUCGGAGCCUGAAGAACAGAAGACACUCCACAGAUGCGGUCCCUUGAGUAGGAGCUGCAGGAGCUGCGUCUCCCCCGCUGCUCCUCUCUGUGAGUUUCCUGGAGGAUGUUCGCGCUCAGGAUCAACAAGUCUCUCCUGCUCUGCGCGCUGUAACUGUGGAUGGCUGCGGGAUGGAGAUAGCCUUGGUGAGCUUUGAGAACGGCGGCGCAAAAGGGAGCGGUGGAGGAGGAGGUGGAGGCAACAAUGCCGAGGAGAGCUGCCGGAACGCGCUGGAUGUCCCUCAGCCGGGCUUCGUUCAAGGCGGGCGGGGAGAGGACUACAGCAAGGAGCUGAACACCCGGGGCGGCCCGCAGCCGCCGCACAGCCCCUGGAAGAUCAAUGACAUGAACAACACUCUGAGCUGCAGCGAGAACGCCAUGGAUGCGCUUUUACGCGCGGACCACAGUCCCCACCUGUUCGACGAGGACAUGCUGGACAUGGACAUGGAUACGGAGAGCAACGAGAGGGUGCUCAUCAACAUCGCGGGUCUGAGGUACGAGACCCAGCUGGGUACCCUCAACCAGUUCCCUGACACUUUAUUGGGAGACCCCGCUAAGAGGAUCAAGUACUUCGACCCGCUCCGGAACGAGUACUUCUUCGACCGGAACCGGCCGAGCUUCGACGGGAUACUGUAUUUUUAUCAGUCCGGAGGAAAGAUCCGGAGACCCGUCAACGUGUCCAUAGACGUGUUUGCGGACGAGAUCCGGUUCUACCAGCUGGGGGAGGAGGCCAUGGACCGGUUCCGCGAGGAUGAGGGCUUCAUUAAAGAGGAGGAGAAGCCGCUGCCGCAGAACGAGUUCCAGAAGCAGGUCUGGCUCAUCUUCGAGUACCCGGAGAGUUCCAGCCCGGCCCGGGGCAUCGCCAUCGUGUCCGUGAUCGUCAUCACCAUAUCCAUCAUCACCUUCUGCCUGGAAACGCUGCCGGAAUUCAGGGAUGAGAGGGAGCUGGCGGUCACCAGCCGUCUGGACAACAGCACGGCGCCCCGGCCGUCGCUCACCUUCACCGACCCCUUCUUCAUCAUCGAGACCACGUGCGUCAUCUGGUUUACCUUCGAGCUCAUCGUGCGCUUUUUUGCGUGCCCCAGCAAGUCCGAGUUCUCCAAGACCAUCAUGAACAUCAUCGACAUCAUGUCCAUCAUGCCUUACUUCAUCACCGUGGGCACGGAGCUGGCGGAGCAGCAGGGCCAGGAGCACCAGAACGGUCAGCAGGCCAUGUCUCUAGCCAUCCUGAGGGUCAUCCGCUUGGUCCGGGUCUUCCGCAUCUUCAAGCUGUCCCGACACUCCAAAGGGCUGCAGAUCCUGGGCCAGACUCUGAAGGCCAGCAUGCGCGAGCUUGGCCUGCUCAUCUUCUUUCUCUUCAUCGGGGUCAUCCUCUUCUCCAGCGCCGUGUACUUCGCCGAAGCUGACGAGCCGGAGUCCCACUUCUCCAGCAUCCCCGACGCCUUCUGGUGGGCGGUAGUCACCAUGACGACUGUGGGUUACGGUGACAUGAGGCCGGUGACGGUCGGAGGGAAGAUCGUGGGCUCUCUGUGCGCCAUCGCCGGAGUGCUCACCAUCGCGCUGCCGGUGCCCGUCAUCGUGUCCAACUUCAACUACUUCUACCACCGGGAGACGGACCAGGAUCAGUCCUCCCUGAAGGACGAGCCCAACAGCGGCAGAGAGAGCCCCGAGCUUAAGCGCAAAGGCAGCAAAGCGUCCGUGAAGUCUCAGGAUGUGGAGAACAACGAGGCGGGCGCUUCGGUGGAGAAAACGAACAUCAAAGCAAACAGCAGCGUGGACUUCAAGAGAUCCCUUUACGCGUUCUGUCUGGACACGCGGGAGACGGACCUGUAGCCGUGCACGAGCACACAUGGGCUUAAAGCAGAUACAGUCGUGUAGAAUAAACCCCGUUAAUGGGCUCUUAAGUCUUUGCACAUUGCAGUUGGAGGAUCAACACAUUGCAAUCCUGAAAAGUUUUAAGAGGGUUGGUUUAUAAAAAGCACACUUUAAUCCCCAUCAUCUGGUAAGCACGACAGUUAAAAGUGCGGAGUUAUGAACGAGCUGCAGCGCAUGUGAUGCAACACAGGGGCCCUUUAAUAAAGCAGGGACACCUGCAGAGCAUCAAAUCUAAUUCAUGGAUGAAUUAGAGGGAAGUGGGACAUCAGAUGCUGCAGAUAAUCAGGGACAAGCACGACUCGGAAUAAUUACUUGACACACUGAGAGGAUUACCGGGACCAACCAGACUGUGUAUAUAAUGCAGGACGCAGACCACAUUCAGUAGUGCAACAACAACAACAACAACAAAUAAUAAUAAUAAUAAUAAUUUCCCAACUGUGAUGUUUAUACUGGCAGCAGACGUGUAAAUAUUCCCCACAGGCUGCUCUUAUUGUAGAAAAACAAAAGUAUAUUUUUGAGAUGCAGACACCUGUUUUCCUUCACUCAGGUUCUGUUUAAAUCAGAGAGGGUUUGGGGGGGACCUCAGCCUUGAACUUUUAAAUAAAGAACAUUUGGGAUUUUUUUUAAACUGAAGGAACAACAGCCAAGAAAAGAGGACAGAGCAGAAACCGUCUGGAGAGAUCGAGCAUCAGCAAUACCAGAGAGUUUAAGCCCUGCCCUCCAACCAUCAGGAGAGUCGAUC